UACUCCUACAAUCCUACCACUGCUGCCUGGUUACUGGUUAAUAAAGAAGCAACUCAUUGAUGGAAAAGGAAGCAAAGGCCCAAACGUAAAAUGUUAAGCGUUUUCUUGUGUUUAGCAUAAAGCCCAAAAGCCAGUGGUUUUGUGUCGUAAAUUGUGGUGAAUGAAACAGCCCCUUCUUCCCGUCCCAUCCCUUCCACACCAUCGCCAUAUAUAUUCCUUCCAUUUUCAUCUUUACCAAAAUACAACACCUUGUUUGUUUGAAUAGAAAUCGGAAAACCAAAACAAAAAAAAAGGUCUCUGCUUUGUCUGACUGGUAGCUGCUCUGCUCCCAUGAGUUUGUUGAAGUUGAAGGCGAACCCCAACCCUAGCGACAAUGCUAGAAAGACCCAAAGAAUCGAUCUUGGAUACGGAAGUGAAGUAGUUUACGUGCCCAGGUUUGUAGCCUACAAUGACGCCUGGAAAUUCUUCAAUUACCUCGAUAAUCACAUUCCUUGGACGAGGCCCACCCUUCGCGUCUUUGGUCGAUCUUGCCUCCAGCAUAGAGACACUUGUUAUGUAGCAAGUGCUGGAUUGCCUGACUUGAUUUAUAGUGGAUAUCAGCCUCAUGCUUAUUCUUGGGAUGAUUUCCCCCCACUUAAGGACAUCUUGGACACCGUCCAUAAAAUGCUUCCUGGGAGUAGAUUUAAUAGCUUGCUUUUAAAUCGGUAUAAAGGGGGUGAUGACUAUGUAGGCUGGCAUGCCGAUGAUGAGAAGCUAUAUGGAUCAACCCCAGAAAUUGCUUCUGUUUCCUUUGGAUGUGAACGUGAAUUUUUGUUGAAGAAGAAAGGUCAUAAGUCAUCCCAAGAAAGAUCUGAUGAGAAACCUCCGCUGAAGAGGUUUAAAAAGAGCAGCCACGUUGAUCAGCACUGUUUCACUCUAAAGCAUGGAUCAAUGUUGGUAAUGAGAGGGUACACUCAGCGUGACUGGCUACACUCUGUGCCUAAGCGUGCAAAGGCAGAGACAACACGAAUUAAUCUCACCUUUAGACGUGUUCUGUGAUGUUAGGGUUCAAGGAAAAUGGCUAUGUCCGCCCUGAUGUUUAAAAUUUUUAUGUAUUAAUGGGUCUGGGGUUGGAAGUAACUAAAGCUGCAGUAGUUGGUAAUCAAGGAGACGAGCUUUGUAAUUUAUGGUAUAGUUUUGGUUGUAUGGUAUGAACAGGGGAAUUAAGGACGUGUGGACAAAGACAGGCGUAUUAAUUAAGGAAUGUAAUGUAUUUGCCCCCGUUUUCUUGGGCCGGGGAUCCCAACUUAGCUGGCUUACCAAAAUACUUGGGCUUGAUGGUAAGAAAAAGAGAAAAUGUAGGCCGGGGAUCCCAACUUAGCUGGCUAACCCAAAUGCUUGGGCUUGAUGGAAAAGAAAAAGAGAAAAUAUAUCAUGUACGUGAAGCCUUAAACCUUAAUGAUUGUUCUAUUAUCGAUUAUUAAUGGCGAACAGAACACGCAAAGUAAC